AUGCCGCUAGAGCGCAUCAGACCCAAGCUCUCCUUCGACGGAGAUGCUCCGGCCCACAAACAGGAGCCUAGCGCUGAGAGCGGUGCGAAUGUGGGCCGAAGCAACAGCAGCUCCUCAUGGAAGAGCAAUCGCUCCUAUGGAGGCUUCUCGUCCAUCAGCCCACACUCAAGCUAUCAGUAUAGCGGGGACGACAGUCACACCAAAGGCGAAGCGAGCUUCUCUUCUGAAAGCGCAGAUCUUCUGAGCAAAUUGGGUGGCGUAGGCGGGGUCACUCGAUCCGGAUCAUGGGGCCGCGCAAGUGCUGGCACUGGCUUCAAAAGUAUAGGCGGUGGCGGCAGGUCAUCCCUCAUUGCUUCGCCCGAGGAACAAGAACAUCUGGAUGGAGGCGUCGCAUAUAGCUACAGCCCACCAGGUUCAUUCGCGUCGCUCAAGGGCAGAGCAGGCGUACUCAACGGAGAGUCCGGACAUGGGGUUCACUCGUCAGCUUCUUCAGAUGUGCCCUCAUCUUCAUCGCGCACUUCCACAUCCUCUUAUUCCGGUGCGGCGUUUUCCUUGCGCAGCUUGUCCAAUCGGAAUUCUGCAUCUUCAUCAUCGUCAAUCUCCCAUCCUUCUAGCUCUCGACAUGUAGCAGGGUACAGCGACGGUACAAUAGGGCCUACUGGCGAGGACUCACAAAGCCGCACAUCUCAGCGCAGCCGCACAGCGUACGAUGACGACCAGGGCUCCAUUGGGCGGCGGAGCAGCUUGGAGUAUUUGAGGGGAGAUGACGAUGCAUCACCUUCCCAAGAUCGCCCUCCUUCCACUUCCAAUGUGGGGCCUAGUGUUGGACGCAUUCGGUCUAUCGGUCGGGGCAACAGACCUAGGAAGACUAGCAGUGAACCGCCUUCAAGGGAUGAGGAACGCAGCUUUGAAGCGAGAGACGCAUCCUUGGCUCAACGCCCUUCAAGCUCUGGGCCCGGCAUCAGUCGCAUUCGUUCCAUCGGUAAAGGCGGCCGACAGGCAUCUCCACCGCCUCUGCCGCCAAUGCCUUUUGCAACAUAUCCUGCCGAACGUUUGAGUGCUACCUCACGGAUGCUGGAGAUGCGCGAUACCCCGACCGGUGCCGCAGUAGACGCGCCCUUGCUGCCGACACAAGCCAGUCCGCCAAUGGAGUCCGCAUCAGCGAUCUCUUCCCCACACCAUCCAGAGACAAUUUCUGCGCAUCAGGUGUCACCGAAGUCGACGCCCGGCUCGACGGCUCGAGAGGAGCCCUUCUCGAGGGAAACAGUCGGACUAGAUUCAGGUGCCCAGUCGGCUGGGCGCAGGCAAGGGCCUCUACAUUUGAAAAUGCCAAGCAACGAACCGAGAUCGGAUUGGAGCAGCCCUGCAUCUAGCGGCACCCGCUCACCUCCAUCACAGUACCCUCUGCGUACUGCACCGCUCUCUCAUGCGGUGGACUUCAGCCGGAUGACUUCUCCAUCGCUGAGCUCCUUGGCCGCAGCUGCUGCCGAAGCUGCGCAGACUGGCGAUGCUCAGUCGACAAUGCUGAAUGCUACUCCACAACUGCCACGGAGACAUAGCGGGGCAUUUGCAAUACGCACUAGGUCUGCGCUUUCUCAGCAUGCAGGGCUCCAAAUGAGCUUCGGUUCCGGAGGAGGCGGUCGAGCUGCAGCGCGAGCAAUGGAGCGGUCGCAUGAUCCAAGCUUGCCACGACCGAACGCUCCGUUCAGCGAGCUGGAAGCAGCCAGUCGGAGACCCGCAGCGUCUGUGGAACAGGAGGGCAAUGCGUCGAGGUCUCGGGCUUCAUCCAUCGUGCCCACCAGCCCGCCAAUGGUAGCUAGCACCACACCUGUCAGCCCUUUUGAUGCACCUGCGGAUUGGACGUCGCUUUCCGGAUGGUUAAAUCGUACUGGCCCUAGGCUCACAGAUGCUGCGACUGCACUUGGCCGCCUGCGACCGGAUCGCACACCAAUGCCUGGCAAUCCAGGUGCCAUCGCGGGGUCGCUUGCCUCACCGAUCGCACACGCUUCUCCAGGCAUUCCCACUUCUGCAGCUUGGCUAUCAGCUGGCAGUCAGAUGCGUGGCAGACACGCUUCGGGCUUUUCGUCUCUGACCUCCUCGAGCAGCAGCGACCUCCCAUCUCCAAGCGAUCCACCAGAAAUGAUCGCUCCACCAUUGAGCUCUCGCGCUGCUGGCACCACGCUCACUGUGCCCUCCUCUGACGAGCUCAAUUCUGACGCUCGCUCGAGCAGCGGCUCUUCGGGCAGCUCCACAUGGAGACAGCACGCAAGGCAGACUCUGCAACCUAUUGACGUCCCGGCCUUCAGCACGGCGCUGCUGCAGCCACCAGCAAGCGCUUCCCAGCGCGUCUUGAGCAGCUCGCCUACGAGCGCUGUUGGCCUUGGGAUCGGUCCGUCUGCUGGGGCGGCAUCUUCUCCCGGAAACACGUUGGACUUUGCAGCAGAACCCUCUUCGGCGUUCGGCCAUCUUCCGCCUUCGGUCAGACCUGCCAUGAGCCGCUCCUCAAGUUCCCUCGCUGGUAUGGUGCUGCGCACGCCGACGACAGAAGAGUGGAGCAGAUACUUGGCAAGGCAAAAUGCCUCCGGUCUACCGACGCCCGCGGGCGCGCGCAGUCGCACGACAACCACCAGAAGUACAGGGUCCAACCUGAACGCGAAGAGGAAAGGCUCGGCAGUGAUCGCGCCAGGUGGCGACGUCAGCAGCGGAUCCGAUGAGGAUGAUGACGUAGCAGCAGCGAGAUAUCCUGAAGAGGCGUCUGCAGCGUUGCUGGAUACGAACGAAGCAGGUCAAGCCCAGCACAUGCUUGAACGGCUCAAAGCAGUGUCGAUGAGCCGGCUAGCUGCGAGUAGAGCAGGUUCUUUGCUCGCUCCGGAAGCAGACCUGGAAAGCGUUCACGAGGACCAAGAGGAAGAAGAGGCAGAUGGCGACGGCGCACGCUCCGUAAGCUUCUCCCUUCGGGGGGCCGAAGAGGACGACUGGGAAGAAGGCAGCAGUGUCUCAUCAGCCGAAUCCAACGUUAGUGUCUCUAGCUCAGUGGAACGGAUGAGAGCAUUACACGAGGCGAUCUCCCGCCCUCCAAGCAGGAAGGGUACACCCAUCACCUCGAGAUCGCAAUCUCCAGAUCGGACAGGAGCGCAGGAACGAGUGCGAUCAAGUCCUUCGCUUGCUGCAGGACUGGCGAGUACUUCGCCCCUGGCGCAAGUCGCUCUACCUUCGAGCGUCCUGCCCAUCCCUUCAAAUGCUAGUGUCACAACUGGAAAGCGAGGACGAAAGGCUGCCUCGGGAACGACGGCUGCAUCUUUGCUAGGUUACCCGGCAUCUCUUCACGGCGAGCGCCGGUGCAUCAAUGACUUUGUCAUCAUUUCUGACAUCGGUAGAGGUGCAUACGGUCUCGUAAAGAAGGUCAGGCUCAAAGGCGAGCAUGGCGAGCCUACAGGGGUGAGUACGCUUGAGUUCCCUGUAGACACCACUGGACAGGCGUUGACUUCACCUCCCGUGCAUUUGCCGCAGCCCGAUUUUGUUGUCAAAUACAUCAUCAAGUCGCGCAUCCUGGCAGACUGUUGGCGCCGACACAAGACACUUGGUCCUAUACCUGUCGAGAUACACGUCAUGGACCAGCUGCGAAGGCUCCCAUAUACGCGGCCGAAGGUGGCUGCACCAUGGGCUGCCGAGCGCUUGUUUGCUCGGCAAGCGCCUGAAAGUCGGACACGGUCCCCAAUCACGAGUCCGGAGCUCAAUCCAGUGAACAGCGCUGCCCUGCCUGAGGGGUCAUCUGAUGAAGUCUCCCACCCUUCUUUAUGCGUCAUGCUAGACUUCUUCGAGGACCACGAAUUCUAUUAUCUGGUGAUGCCGUACCUGACUGGUACUCAGCCAGGUAGAGACAACUCGCAGGAUCUCUUCGACUUUGUUGAGUCGGCGCCGGACGGGCUCUCUACCAUCGAGGUGCGCAGCAUCUUCGGACAAGUCGCAGAUGGCGUGCGCUUCCUUCAUGCCAACUCGAUCGUACACCGCGACAUCAAAGACGAGAAUGUCAUAUUGGACUUCCGUGAUGGGCGACCACACGCACAGCUCAUCGACUUUGGCAGCGCUGCGCAUGUUCGGCCUGGUCGGCUUUUUGAUACUUUCAGCGGCACUUUAGAUUAUGCGGCGGCAGAGAUCCUGCGCGGCGAAAAGUACGGCGGCAAGGAACAAGACGUAUGGGCUUUGGGUGUGGUCGGGUACGUGCUUCUUUGUGGAGACUGCCCCUUCUGGAAUGGGGAAGAGGCCGUCGAAGGAAUCGCUGCCGGGACACGAGCAGAGAACGCCCUUAGAGAUAGGUGUUUGAUUGGAGAAGGUAGACCUGGGGAUUCUCAAGAAGCGUCUGCGCCCAUUACGACGCCUGAGGAUAGUGGUCAAAUCGAUGGGGGUGGCAGAUUGGACGAUGCUGCCGACCUUAUUCGACAGUGCUUGCAGCUCGAUGUUGCACUUAGACCCACCGCUGCUCAGGUAUGCGAUCAUCGCUUCUUGUCGGGUCGCGCGGGAUGGCACGGCCAGGCCGGGUGGCUGCAGCCGCUUCACCAGGAGAUGAACAUUGAAGCUGCAUCGGUGUCCGCGAACUCGACCAAAGCGGACACUCCUCGUCCCAUCAGAAAUCCAGAUCUUGCAGCGCCGCCACCUCCUGCAAAAGUCGCAGCUUGA